AUGCGGUUUCGUCUCAUUGCCAAGGCCUGCCUCCUGGCGGCUUCAUUAACACAAGCCGUGCCUGCAUCCAGUAGUACUGUCGAGGUUCACACAGAGGAUAAAAAUGCCAAAGCAGCAACUGGCAGGCUGGUCUUUUGUCACUUCAUGAUUGGUAUUGUCGGUGACAGAACCAGUGCAGCAGACUAUGAUGCUGAUAUGCAACGGGCAAAGUCGUUGGGCAUUGAUGCUUUUGCUCUUAACAUCGGCGUCGACUCGUACACAGACACACAACUUGGCUAUGCCUACCAGUCAGCAGCGAACAAUGGCAUGAGUGUCUUCAUUUCCUUUGACUUCAAUUGGUACCAUGCCUCGUCGGAUGCUGCUGCCGUGGGACAGAAGAUUGCCCAGUAUGGAUCGCUGCCUGGACAGCUCAAGGUGAACAACAAGGUGUUCGCGUCGUCCUUUGCAGGUGAUGGUCUUGAUAUUGCUGCUAUGAGAUCAGCGGCUGGUAUCGAUGUCUUCUGGGCUCCAAACCUUCACCCCGACCAGACAUCUAAUUCCGCGAAUAUUGACGGUGCUCUCAACUGGAUGGCCUGGGACAACAACGGCAACAACAAAGCUCCCACAGCUGGAGCUAAUGUCACAGUCAGAGAUGGCGAUAACAGGUAUCGAUCGUGGCUAGGAUCAAAACCGUACAUUGCUCCGGUUUCGCCCUGGUUCAGCACACACUUUGGGCCUGAAGUCCCUUAUAGUAAGAACUGGGUCUUCCCUGGAGAUCUGCUGUGGUGGAAUCGGUGGAACGAGAUCCUAUCGGAUGGGCCCCAGUACCUCGAGAUCAUCACUUGGAAUGACUAUGGCGAAUCUCACUACAUUGGACCUUUGUCAUCGAAACAUUACGACGAUGGAAACUCAAAGUGGACCAACGACAUGCCCCAUGACGGGUGGCUAGACAUGGCAAAGCCGUUCAUUGCCGCGUACCAUGAUGGAGCGACUUCUGUGAACAGUUACAUCAGAUCCGACCAGCUCGUCUACUGGUAUCGCCCAACCUUAGCAGGGCUAAAUUGUGAUGCGACUGACACGACCAUGGUCCCUGCCAAUAAUGACAGCGGGAAUUAUUUCGAAGGCAGGCCUAACGGAUACCAGACCAUGCAAGAUGCAGUCUUCGUUGUGUCACUCCUUACGUCCCCUGGUACAGUCACUGUCACCUCAGGCCAGAACUCGCAGACUUUCGAUGCCCCAGCUGGUGCUUCCGCAUUCCAGGUGCGUAUGGGAACGGGGAAACAGACAUUCUCGCUCAGGCGGAAUUCUCAGGUGGUCAUGAGCUCGACAUCUCUCAAGGACAUCUCGGAAACCUGCAUCUGCGGCAUCUACAAUUUCAAUGCAUACGUCGGCACCGUACCAGACGGCUUCUCAGACCCGCUAGGAACUGAUGGUCUCGCAUCACUCACCGCCGGCUUGCAUGUCACGACGUGCGAGGCCAAGCCGUCCUUGGGCACAGCAACUGGAGGUUCAACAGCGACUACAACUGCCAAUGGCGGGGGCAUCAGCUCGCCGACAACGACAAUGACCUCCGCUGGUCCGACUACCACCAUUACAACGUCCCCGACCACAUCAAAGGUCACACAAACAAGCUCUUCGGCACCACCAAGCCAGACGACAGGGACAUGCAAUGGAGGCACCGUCGCUCCAGGCCAAUCCGGCAACUUCUUAGACAUGCGUGGACCCCCAGAACUCAGGAUGGCUAUGGUCGUGCUGAUCUUUGGCGAGUCUAGCCCCCUGUCAGUGGCUGAUCCCGUUCGGCCUAGUUCUUCCUUCCAAGCUCAAGAAGCAGAACUUGGUUCUGAAGACGCAAAGUUGCUUUCGGUGCGAGUGGCAUAUGUAUGCCGGGAAACUACAGGGUCAACCGUGGUACUCGAUACCGACACACCCCCGGCAUAUGAAGAACCACCUCCCUUUUUUCAAGUGUUGACUUCAUCUGCUGCAACGACCUCAGGGGCCGAGAAAGCAAGAGCACAGGACAUGAGCGGUGGAAGCAAUGUCGCCGACGAUGAAAAAAGCAAGUCUUCUAGCGGUUUUCUCGACUCCCUGGUCCGUCCCCUCAAAGCUGCUACUGCCACGCUGUGGAACAGACUAGAACCCCUGGUCGUACCGCUCUGUCAUGCCGCCACGCUCGGCAAUCUAUCUCAAGUGAGGUCCUUGCUCACACAAGGGGUCAACAUCAAUGGACACAACGAGGAGGGCAAGACAGCUCUCAUCUGCGCCAUUUUUAUAGGUCAUCAGGACAUUGCCCAAGCUCUUCUCGACGCUGGAGCCGAUCAUAAGGUUUGCAACUCUGGAAGAAAGGGUAAGCCGCCGCUGUUUCACGCAGUCGAUGUUCAUGAUAAGACGACCCUUGACUUCCUGCUGAAGCACGGCGCCGCCGCCGCCACCCAGAGGGACGAAUGGGGUCAGCCAUGCUUCAUCAACCUUGUCAUUGGCGAUACGGAACAUGAAUGGAUCGAACUGCUCCUGCAGCGCGGGGCUGACGCUCGCGCCAAAGACCUGCUCGGCCGCCCUGCAGUCGUACUUGCAUUGGAGAAGCGCAAGAACCGUCCAGACUGUGAGGAGGUCGUUCGCGUCCUCCUCCACCACGGCGCGAGGCCCGACUCGAAAGACUCCAACGGCGCACCGCUCUUCCCUAAUGCACGCGACGUCUCCGGCAACCCCAUUUUGGCCACGGCCGUAAAGGGUGGUGAUUGCGCGCUGGCACAGGCGCUGCUCGAGCGCGGAGCGGAUCCCAACACGGCUGAUAUCUACGGCGUCCCGCCCCUUAUGGCUGCGCUGAGCGACAGCAAAGUUCCGCCCACAAGCAGGGAGGCGCUGGCCGAGUUGCUCCUCCGCAGGGGGCCACGAGGCGGCGCGAAACACAUGGAUUUGGCGGCGCUGGAGCAGUCCUUGUUUCGAGUCUGGAACGGCCCAUCUUCUUCCUCGGGUAGUGCCAGGCUCGACAUCGCCGAGCUUUUGCUGAGGCAGGGAGCGAAUCCGAACCAAAUAUCAAGCCAAGUCUCGGGACAGCCCGCCCUUCUCACGCACGCGAUCGACUCGUCGCAACGGAAUAUCGUGGACAUGGCGCUGAGGCACGGAGCUGAUCCGAACUUGGCGGACAAGCAGGAGCGGACACCGCUGUUGCUGGCUCUGCAGCGAGGCAACGAAGAAGUGGUUUCAUCCUUACUUCGGCGAGGGGCAGAUGUGAAUCAGUCUGGGAAGAUCACGCCGUUUGAUCUGGCAACAUGUCGGGUCAGCGAGCAUAUUGUUCACUUGCUAGAGGCGCGAGGGGGCAAGUCGUCAAGCCGGCCUGUGACAGGUUAG